AUGAACCCUACCCCUCUGGAACCAGGCGCCGAAUCGAGGAGGUCAGAUGGCACAGCAGAGUGGAACAGGAACGAGGGACCCCCUUCGAGCAGAGUAUCCAGAGGGUUCAAACGGACAUGCUCCUCCUCCGUUGGUCAGAGGAGCAGCCUGUCGCAUGUCCAAUCACUGAAGCAGCUCGGGCUGAAAGAUAUUGACCUUGUAGGAGUCUCGACUUUGACUCAAGGAGGGAAGAAAAGGAUUCCGAUCUCCGAUUGGCUGGCACUUGCCGCUGCGAUCCAGAACAACACCGGCACCCUCGCGGACCAUGCAGACCGGGGCAUCACCUACUACAAGGAGUACCGCAAGACAAUGUGCCGCAACUUCUUCUUUACGACCAUCUUUGGGUUGAUCUGUGCGGUCUGGGCUAACGAGAUCCGGUAUGGCUUCAAGAACUCCAACUCCUUCCAGUCGCUCUCUCUCGAACUGACCACUAUGGUCUCAACCGCCAUCGCCUUCUACUACCUGUGGCAGUAUUACCAUGCUGAGCUGUGUGUAAUGCGUCUCAAGGGAUGCAAUAUCGCUCCAGGGUUCUCAGUCAGGGCGCUGAAGGGGGCGAACCUCUGGGGGCAGCUGAUCCGAGACGUUCUCAUCUUGCUCCCACAGCCCUAUCCCUUCAUAGACAUCACGUUUUCCGUACACGACGCGGGGCUGAACAGGAACUCGGUGUACUCGAUCUCGGUUGUGCUGCUGAGCCUCAUGUUUUUGCGGAUUUAUUUCCUUCCCCGAUACUUCUCUCAUUGCAUCCAGGACAUCUACACUGAUGACUUCGACGUCUUCUGCGCUCUGAACAAGACGCUUGUCAACGAUUCGUUCCUGAUUCGGACGACCAUGUCGACAGGCCCGCUGCGCAACCUCUUCAACAGCAUAUGGCUUAUCAUAGUGACCAUGACGACGGUCGGGUAUGGCGACGUGUACCCGAGCACCCGACUGGGGAGACUUGUCGCCAUCUCUGCCUCCUUCAGCGCCCUCAUCAUGAUUGCCAUCUCCAUCAACCUGGUCCAGUCGAGCCUGGAGCUGUCAAGCAGGGAGCGGAGGGUGAUUACCAAGCAUGAGUCGAGGUUGCAGUACAAGAAGAAUCAGCGGAGCGCUGCUAGGCUGAUCUUGGCAACUCUGAGGGUGAAUGUUGAGAGACUCAAGGCCGCAAGGAAUCCUCCGCAGGAAGAGAAGGUCGACCUGGAGGACCUCAGAUCCGAAGUGAAGAAGCAGGAAGAGUUGGGCUCGCUCAACUCCGCACGGUCACAGCAAAGCGAGAAGCAAAGUGAAUCUUUGCUGGGGACGUGGAAUCCGCUGACGAUCGUCGACUAUCUCCUGCCCAAGAACCCGGCCUCCAAGGUCGUCAGCUCGGAGAAGGAGAUCCCUGGGGGAGGACGCGGGCGGCCGACCAAGACGGUCAUCUACGGGAAUCAGUUGCCGCUGCCGGUUCUGAUGGCGGAGGAGAAGUGGCACCUGGCUAUGAGGGACUUCCGGCAGAAUCAGCGAGAUGCUCUACAUAGCGAGAUGGCGCAGGAAUGUGACGUGGUCACCACGAUUUUCGAGGUCAGCGCCCUGCUGGAGACUUGCAAGUUGAAGAUGGACAAUGCCGAGGAGAUGAUCGAUUCGACGGUGAGGAUGUUGCACGAGCUGAUAUCGCUGAGCGAGGAGGAGCCGUGA